AUGCCUACCGAAGGCGUUUACAUACGUCCAUCCGGGCAGAAGACCUUCAUCCCGUUGGAAAACAACCCGGAAGUCUUUACAUCGCUCGUGCACGACCUCGGAGUCUCGCCCGAUCUCGGAUUCUACGAUGUCUACAGCCUCGACGAUGCUGAUCUUCUUUCGUUGGUGCCUCGUCCAGUUCUAGCCCUGAUAUUCAUCACUCCCGCACAGAUGUAUUUUGCCGUUCGCGAGGAAGACAAGACUGCCGUGUCGCCUGCACAGUUGACCUACGAUAAAAGUGGUGAUGAGGAACCCGUCAUCUGGUUUCAACAAACAAUCGGCCAUUCAUGCGGCCUUAUGGCAUUGUUGCAUUCCGUAGCCAAUGGCGAAGCGAGGGAGUUUGUUCAGAAGGAGUCCUUCUUAGAUGGCUUGCUGAACGAAGCCACGCCGCUUAAGCCCGUCGAAAGGGCAGCCUUAUUAUACAACAAUGAAGAGCUUGAGAAGAAACACAUGAAGGCUGCCAGAACCGGAAGUUCUCAUCCACCCGGGGCAAACGAAGACAACCAUUUCCAUUUCAUCUCCUUCGUCAAGGGAAAAGAUGGUCAUUUGUGGGAGCUGGAGGGCGCCACGGACGGCCCCGUAGACCGGGGACUGAUGCAGGAAGGCGAUGAUGUGCUGAGUGAAGGAGCUCUGAGCCAAGCGAUACGCAAGUUUUUGGCAGCCGGAAAUGGGAAUCCGAACUUUAGCAUUGUAGCAUUGGCCAAGAAGCCCGCUGAGUGA